AUGUUUCUUCGUCUGGGUAGGAAUUUUUCUCCGAACGGUGUGUUGCCUCACAGUGAUGAUGAAAAUUCAAACCAAGAAAUCAUUCCUGAAAAUGAAACCACAGAUCCAAACAUUCCCACUCUCUUUCUUGCUUCUGACACGAUCGAAAGUAUUGCCGAAUUUUUGGAUGAACAAGAUCGUGAAAUGGCCCAACAUGUAUGCAUGUGCUUUCAGGAGGCAUGUCGUACAGUAGCACGAAGAGAGUUUCAAUACAUGUGGCAUGAUGAGAAUUUGUGUUUACGCAAACCACUUUCUGAGCCUCCAGUGGAUGAAGAAUUCAUUGUGAAACGAGAAAUGGAAUUUAAAACAAAAUUUCCACUUUGUUUGAGGGAAUUUCUGAAAAUUACAAAUGGAAGACCUGCUUGGAGUGAUGAAGUCGAUCAUGUCAGUAACAUGUUGAAUCGUGUGGAAUUGUGGAAAUAUAAUCAUGCUCGAACAGUGAUCCUUCUGGGAAUGUCCACUCAAAAUUCAAUGUCGUUGACUUUGGAUCCCAAGCAUAGCAUUAUUCGAUUGAAUCAUCAAAAAAUUAAUUUCAAACAUUAUGUAACCAUGCAAAAUCGUACUUUCAAUCACACUUUAUACGAUGCUGAGAAAUUUAAAUCGAAAAAGUAUUUUCCUUAUCACAUUCAAAGAUCUGUGUACAGCAUCCUUCCAUCCAUCUUCACAUCCCAACGAUGGUUUACCUUACAUUGUGUACAACGAGAUGGAUUAUGUUUGCAAUAUGCAGACAUGGAGUUUAAGAAAGAUCCUCAGAUUGUAAAGGAAGCUUAUCGUCAAAAUCCAAAGUCGUUCAAAUUUUGCUCUGAUGAAUUACAAAAUCAAAAUACUGAGCUAGUGAUGGAACUGUUCCAAAUAGACCCCGAGUGUCUGCUGACCUACUUAACCAAAACUCACGAAUUAUUUCACAGGAAGGAAUUUAUGCUACAGGCUGUUCAAAUCGGUGGUCAAUUUCUCAGAAAGGCCUCCUCUGAUCUCAAAAACGAUCGAGAACUAGUCCUGAAAGCAAUCGAGAACUACCCCGAUUCCAUUUCGUAUGCGUCUUUAGAAUUGAAAAAUGAUUUUGAAAUUGUCAUGAAAGCUCUGAAUGGUAAUGUGCGUACUUACCAACACAUCAGUGGAAGUUUAAAGUUGAAUGAACAAACCUUGACCUUGGUAUUGGAACGAAAUGGUCGCCUCUUACGAGACUUACCUGAAGAGCUACAACAAGAUGAACAGUUACAACUCUUGGCUGUGAAAACAGAUCCUUUCAGUCUAACCAAAUUUAAAUUCAAACCUCCUGAGAGUCAAUAUCGUGAAUUUGCAUUACAAGCUGUGAAAAGCAAUGGCUGGUGUAUGCAUUACCUUCCUAGAUGUUUUGCACAGGAUCGUGAAAUUGUGACAGCACUCAUCCAGAGCUCAGCAUUUGGAUCGAAUCACGGUCUGUUUCGAAUCGCCAAUGACCAAUUACGAAAUGAUAAGGAACUGGUCAAAUUAGCCAUUCAGCAUAAUCCCAUGGCUUUACAGUAUGCAUCUGAAGCAUUGCGUGAAGAUCUUGAUAUAGUGCUCUUGGCCAUCCGAAGAAAUGGAAAGGCCCUUUCAUAUGCCUCGAAAAAGUUGCAAUGUAAACAAUAUGUGGCCAUGCAACGAAAUGCAGAUGUGGUGAAUCGUGAACCCAAUUCGUUAUCCUCGUAUGAAGAAGAAAAAGCUUCCAUUCCAUUGAAGAAUCGUAUGAAGAAUACCUCAAAAAAGGCAUUAAGGAGAAAAAAGUGA